GUGGGAAUAAAAGUAGAUUGACAUUUCUGUAUUUAAAAUUCUAGACAAAACAAAUAUUAUAUUUGGAAUAAGAAUUUGAUAUCUAAGAAAAUUUAUCAUGCAUAAUAAUAUUGUAAAUCAAUAGGCCUACCUCACCCAGCACUCUCGAUUCUGGAUGUCGAUGCUCUCUCACUCACUUGCGCGUUGCGCGCACACACUUUCUCUCUUGUGAUUGUGUGACUCUGUGUACUGUGUAUACUCUUCUUUUCUAGUGGUUCAAAGUUGAAAGUUCCAAAAUAUUAGAAACUCUGAUAAGUUGAAAGGAAAUCUAUUGAUUGGUGAACAAUGAAUUAGCGAAAACAGUUUCAAUCGAUUUUAUACAGUAUCAAUAUAUUGUUAUUUCUAUGUUAUAAGAAGUAGUAAUAUAUAGAAGUAUUCUCAAUUUUGAGGUUAUGUUGUUGUGAAGUGGUGUUUUUAAUUUAUUUUUUCAAGUGUUAUAAUAUACUACAAUAGAUUCCAUACUUAGGUAAUUGUUAAAAUUACUAAAAUAAUAUAAUACUUCUGGAAAUGCGAUAAUGACAGAUAAGACACAAUUAACAUUAAAAAACUUUUUUAUUUACAAUGAUGCACUUGGGAAUAAAGAAGGAAAGGAAGAGGAGAAAGUUCUAUACUACUAUCCCUCUAGAACGGAUAAGGAUACCAUCAUGAAGCAUGUUGGACUAACUGAAGCCAUCAUUACUUUUUCAGAGUCUUUUAAUCCUAGUCAACCUUGUGAAGUUUUGAAUACUGAAAAGACUAAACAGGUUUUUUAUCAACCUGAAAAGCAUUUUUGGAUAGUUAUGACGUUGAAUGUUCCUUACAAAUUUAGUGCUGAAGGUAGAGAAUAUUUGGGAUGCGAAGUGCAAGACUCAGUUUGUCAAGCAGUUCUCAGGCAGUCCUAUGCUAUGGCACAUCUAUUCAUGGGCCCUUUCACAAAUCUGCUCGAUUCAGAAAAUCCUGAUGAGAAAUCAUUGUCUGUGAUAAAACUUAAACUUGAGAAAUUUUAUAAUAAGUAUUUGCACAGUCUUCACUUGGAGCAUUGUGAUAUUUUAGAUGUAUUUCAAGGAGUACAAUUCUUACCGCUAGACAAGACAACGUUUCUACAAGUGCAGUGCUUUAUUAAUCAUGUCGAAAUAGCAUUCUCCGAUAUAGAAUUCAGCAUAUUUCUAUUCAAUGAACAUCUAGUUUGGAGCGGAUUAGAGCCUGAGGAAUUGCAAGUUGUCUUUAGGUACCUAGUAAAUAGUCUGCUAUUAUCACAAGCUGAAAAAGAUCAUCAGAAUGGAAUCUCCAGUCAAAUCAGCACGUUACUUCCUCGUGGAAAUUUCAUCACUGGUCCUGCGGAUCUUCAAAAACCUUUCAAUGGCAACAGUUUGAAUAAAAUACCUCUACUCCAUCUGAAGAGAUCACAUCAGAGCACAAGCGUCUAUCAGAUGGUAGUCUAUAGGUUUCAGAAUGCGACGUUAUGUCUUUUCUACAAGAAUACAACGUGCCUGACCAUAGACACGUUUCGUGUGCUGGAUGAUUUUCUAUCGUCGCGCUUGCGCAAACUAGCCGGUGAAGUGGGCGACUACCUGGCCAGGCAGGCGGCUGUCUCCACUCUCAACGACUCCUCCUCACGGUUCGUGUACUUCAAUCGCAUGAAUUUGGCCACCAAGAGCUCCAUUCAUCUGGAUAAUCGGCGCUCCGGAAAUAUAUCUGUGUCUGUUGAAGUACUCCGGCUGUUGGCUGAUAUCAACAGCGAUCAUUGGGCAUUAUCGCAGUCCGGAAACCCAACGGCUGAAACUAUUAUGAAGACUGUUAAUGACUAUUGGGUUGUUGGUAAACUGUCCAACGCCAGAGAAUUUUAUGUUGUUACCCAGCAUAAAAAUGCUAAUAUCGCUGAAAUUAGUGAUGAGGUGAAGAAAAUAUGUGAUAAACAGCUCAAGAGUAUAUUUUUCCAUGUAUGAAUAUAAUCUAGAACAUUUAAAACCCAGUUCAUCCUUAGCAUUCCAGUAUUGUUACAAAUAUUGAGCUUAAUUACCAAAUAGCCAUUUCAAAUACUGGACUGGAACCUACAAUAAAUGAUUAUGAAAGAUAGUAUGUACUGAGUUGAAUGUCACCUUACCGUAUAUCAUUGUAAUAAACUUAUAUAUUAUUGGAAUGUGUAAUCUAGAAUAAAACUAUCUAUAUUGAUUGAAAAUUAUAUUUUGUUUUAUGUAAUAUAGGCUAGUCGUAUUCUUCCGAUUCAAAGUUAAUAAAUAUAAAUAAAUUCUUGGUUACUUA